ACCGGACCCGUUGUCGACACUAGAUCGCCAUUUUCCUCUACAAGUUCCGGUUUUUACGAAUAGACGCCGAUUAAAACAACCAUGGCGUCAGUUAUUCGGUCACCACCGUUGCUGUUCCCGGCAACAGCGAGGCACACUGCGACAGUCAUCUUCGUCCAUGGUUUGGGCGACACAGGUCACGGCUGGGCCGGCGCCGUUGAGAACUGGCGCCGCCGGCAGCGCCUUGAUGAAGUGAAGUUCAUUUUGCCCCAUGCUCCGUCAAUUCCCAUCACCUGCAACAUGGGCAUGAGAAUGCCGGGGUGGUAUGAUAUUCACACCAUCGACGGCAAUGUCGAGUCUAUCCGCCGCAAUGAGGACGAGGCCGGCAUCGUGCUGAGCCAGGCAUACUUUCACGAGCUCAUCCAACAGGAGAUUGACGCCGGCAUCCCGGCCGACCGGAUUGUGCUCGGAGGUUUCAGCCAGGGCGGCGCCAUGGGCCUGUUCAGCGGCCUCACCUCCAAGGUGAAAUUGGCUGGUAUCGUGGCGCUUUCGUCGUACCUGUUGCUGAGCCUCAAGUUUGCCGAGCUGGUACCCAGCCCCGAUGUGAACCGGGACACACCCAUCUUCAUGGGCCACGGUGACUCCGACCAGGUGGUGAACACACAGCUUGGCAAGAUGUCGCACGAGCUGUUGAAGGGCUUGGGUUACAAUGCCACGCUGAAGAUUUACGAGCAAAUGGGGCAUUCGGCUUGCCUGGAGGAACUGGACGACAUCGAGGCUUUCCUGAAGGAGCGGCUUCCGGCGUUGGGGAACGAGGGCAAGUCUGAGCUCUAACGGCCUCUUUUUAUCAUGGUAUGGUUGAGAGGAAGUACGAUGGGUUAUUAAAUGACGGGGUGAACUGGGCGUUAAUUCUCUAGACCAUACUUUACGCAGUAGAUACCUGAUUUACGUCGUCUGAUGA